UUAUUUAGUGCUGCCUAAAAGGUAAACGCACAAGGGGGCUUAGUUGCUAUGGCGCCGCGUCGGCGCUACUUGGGCGUGUGCUCCUCCACCACCGGAUCCGCCACUUGCGCAGGAUGGGCAGCAUCCCGCAGCAUCGACCGCGACGCGCUGCUGCUCAUCGCCAAAACCGACGGCGGCCACGGCCGCCUCGAGCUUGCCAAAUACUCGUUUGACGAAAAGCUUCUCCAGGACGAGGCCUGUGUCCUCCCCUGCCAAGCGGCCCCUCAGGCUCUGGCGUUUCAUCCCUCUGGUGAUGGAGCUCUUUGCUCAUUUGCGGCGAGCUGCAGGUUUGUACAGGUUGAACAAGGCAGCUUGAGCUGGUCGCCUGACAUGGAUCCGCAACGGUUCCAUGGUUUUGGGGAGCAGAACAAGAUUUGUUUCAGCGCAGAUGGGUCUCGCGUCGCAUUUGGAGGCAAGGAUGGCCGGCUGCGUGUUUUGGACUGGCCCGGCCUUACCACUCUGAUUGACGAGCCCAAGGCACACAAGAGCAUCAAAGACUUGGACUUCAGCCUGGAUGGAGCGCUGCUGGCUUCAACGUCGGAGGAUGGCCCGUGCCGCAUAUGGGACCUUGACAAGGCCAUGCCGUUGACAUCGCUACACCGGGAAAAGGCCGAAAGCUUUGGAUUCUGUAGAUUUUCACGAAAUGGAUCUCAUCCGUUUCUUUUUGUGGCUGCUUUCAGAGAUGGGAAGGGGUACGUUGCAGUCUGGGAGAUUGCCAAGUGGAGCAGGCUGGGAUCCAAGAAGUUUUUAGACUGUGAGAUAUCAGCCCUGGCUACCUCGUGCGAUGGGAAGCGCUUAGCACUUGGUGGCAUGGAUGGAGCUGUUUCCGUGAUAGAGGUGAAGAGCAUGCAGAAGCGGCAGUAUGUCGAGAGAGCUGACACAUGUGGUAUUACGUUGUUAGAGAUGUCUCCAAACUCAAGAGCUUUGCUAUCGGUGUCAGCGGAUGGAAACGUGCGAGUAACCGCAACCAACGUUCCGGGCCCAUGGAAAGAUUGGCAGGUAUAUUUACUUCUGGCGGGGCUGAUUGCCAUGUCUGCGGCGCUCUUUUACAUCUUUUUUGAGUUGUCCGAUUCAUUCUGGAGAUUCCCGCUCGGAAGAAACCAGCCGGCACGGCCAUCCAUGAGAGCAAUCUAUGGGAGCAGCGUGGACACUUCCAUGGCCGAGGGAUGAUUCGUCCGUCAAGUGCUUGUCUUUGUGGUGACACCACAACGUAAAUAAUGCGUAGAAGCGCAAGCUCUUUGUGGUGACA